AUGGCGACCAAAUUCAGUUGGUCCGCUACCAACAAAUUCAUACAUCCCCUCUCCUCCUCCCUCACCCGCCUCGCCCAUUUCGGCCGGUCAUCCAUGUACCCGAUGACCUGCUUCUACCGGUUCCUCGUCGUCCGGGUCAACUCGCUCUUCACCCACCUCUGCUAUUUCCUCUCCCUCUCUUUCGUCGGCUACUGCUUCCUCAAGUCCCUCGACACACGGUUGGGCGCCGAGGUCCCGAGGAGCAUCGACUUCUUCUUCACUGCCGUCUCCACCGCCACCGACUCCAGCAUGUCCACCGUCGAGAUGGAGGUCUUCUCCGACUCCCAGCUCCUCUUCAUGACCUUCCUCAUGUUUGUCGGCGGCGAGGUCUUCGUCUCCCUGGUCGGUCUCAUUGUCAAGACCUCCCGAAUGAGGAGGUCUUGGAUGAUGACACAGGGGGACGACAGGGUCAUCCCCACCACUACAAUUGGUGGUGGGGAUGACCCCACCUCAACUCCACAUCGAGGUGAUCUCGAAUUGAGUGUGGUCCCAUCAGACCACCACUCAAUUGGAAGCAGGGACGAGGAGGAGGGGGAGAUUUCGUCUUCGUCCUCGUCUCUGGAUGACAGGGAGAGAAUUUUUGAAUACAAGUCGGUCCGACUUUUAUGCUACGUCGUUUUGUGCUACCUCGUAGCGACUCACAUUUUGGGGGUUUCCGUGCUCUCCCUGUACCUCGCGCUGUCCAGCAGCGCGAGGGGCGUUCUGAGGGAGAAAGGGCUGAAGAGCUUCACUUUCUCCCUCUUCACCACGGUCUCCACGUUCGCGAGCUGCGGGUUCCUCCCGACGAACGAGAACAUGAUCGUGUUCAGGAAGAACACGAUCAUGCAGCUGAUUCUCAUCCCUCAGGUUUUGUUGGGGAACACUCUGUUCCCACCCUGCCUCCGCCUCUGCGUCUGGGCUGCCAGAAAGCUGAUGAAGUCGAAAUCAGACCAGUCCGAUCACCUGCUGAGGAACACGAGACGGGUCGGGUUCUACCACCUCCUCCCCGGGCGGGAGUCGGUGUACCUGGCGGCGACGGUGGCCGGAUUCGUGGCGGUACAAUUGGCUCUGUUCUGCGGGACGGACUGGCGGUCGGAGGGUCUGAAAGGGAUGAACCCGGUGGAGAAAUUGGCCGGGGCGCUGUUCCUGACGGUGAAUUCUAGACAUUCCGGCGAGUCCAUCGUCGAUCUGGCCACCGUUUCCACGGCGUCGCUGGUGGUGUUCGUCGUAAUGAUGUACCUUCCACCGUACACGUCGUUCCUUCCGACCACAGGAGGCGAAGAAGAAGAAGAGGCAGAUCAGAUAAAAAAUCAACAAGAGACAAUUAAUUAUAGUACUACAGGUGAAAUAAUAACAAGGACGAGAAGCAGAAGAAGAGGAAGGCAAAGUAGCUAUAAACAUAAGAGCAAUAGUAAUAGGUUACUGGAGAAUGUGGUGGUUUCACAGCUCUCCUUCCUAGCAAUAUUCGUCGUUUUGAUAUGCAUCACCGAGCGACAUAGUAUGAAGGAGGAUCCACUCAAUUUCAGCGUUUUCAACAUUGUCCUCGAAGUCAUCAGUGCGUAUGGGAAUGUGGGAUUUUCGAUGGGGUACAGUUGCCAGAGACGGAUAAAUCCUUCCGGCGCCGGAGAUUGCCGGGACAAGUUCACCGGCUUGUCGGGGAGGUGGAGCGACGAAGGCAAGGUCGUUCUCAUUCUGGUGAUGUUGUUUGGAAGGCUCAAGAAGUUCAACAUGGCCGGCGGGAAAGCCUGGAAACUUCUUUCCAAUUGCCACGGCAGAAGAGACGACGGCUCUCUCCUCCUCCUCCACCUCCCUCGCCGCCUGCUGCGGACCAGAGUUCCCUCCAUCAUCUCCACCAAUCGCUUUCCUUCUCCGUUUGCCCGGUUUCAGAAAGGUGACAUGGACGCUGCCGACUGUUUCUCCGCAAUUUGGGAAGAGAUUGAUCGUUCAGAGAGGCGAGUGGUUCAGUCCUACCUUGUUUGCUCAAACUAUGAGGAGGCUGCAUCAAUGGCUUCAGCGGUUUUGAAACGAAUACGCGAAAAUGGCGAUGGAAGCAGAGCAUUUGAGCACAAUGAUGAGCUGUUCGAAGUUAUGGAGUCUGCGGGUAUGGUGUUGGUUCAGUCCUUGAACGAACUUGGAAGAGCAUCAAAUAUUUUGAGUGAGCUGAAGGAGCUGUUCGGUUAUCCUGCAGCAGUGCCUGCUGAAGUCCUUCUAACUGGGUAUGCUGCUGCUUCCCUUCACUUUUCAUCGAGCCAAGCUGUGCAACCUGCAGAUCCUAGAGUUACAUACACGCUCAUGGACUGGAUAUGUUUGCAAAUAUCAGCAGGGUCAUUAAUGGGAGUGAAAGAGUUCCUUCAGGACUUCCUUAGCAUAUGGAGUCUUGAGGAUGGAAGAGUUUAUGUUCUUUCCGGAGCAGAUUCCAAUAUGAAGGUCCAUGAGCAACGUGACAGGAGGAAUACAUUGGAUGUUGAAACCUUUUCAGCAGUUGUUGAGCUCUAUGCUGUUACAUUACUUGGCAAGCAUUUGAAAGAGUCGAACCUUGCAAUUUCUUGGCUUGAGAAAGCUGCCUUACCGGAGGAAAAGCGACAGGUGCUCUUGAGAAGAUUGCACUCAAUGUAUUCCGAGAAAACCUCCAACAGGGUCCAGGGUUCUUCAGACUUGCCAGAAGAUAGGGAUAUUCAUGGUUCCUCGUCAAACUUAGCAGAUUUAUCUGAAGAAUCCUCGAAGGCUUCAAAAGCAAACUAUAUGCCGAAUGGGAAAACUGCAAUAAACCAGGCAAUUAAGGACAUUUCGCGGCACAGAAACCAGUCUGUAUGGUGGUGGUUUCGUUCAAUCAAUUUGAAGUUUGGAAACAUGUGUCUGGCUGUAACAAAUGGAAAGAUCGUGCUUAGUUGUCUCUUCGUUCUCCUAUGUUAUCUCGUUCAGAAGAAGCGAGUUGCUUUGAAUGAGAUUGUAAAGAGACGGGUUUUAUGGGUCAAGAAGUCUCUGUUAGACCUGUGGCGGCUUGCAUUUUCGUACCAGGUGAAUCCCUUGGCUGCUGUUCAACCUAUCCCUGCAGCAACUCGGCCAGGACGGUGA